AUGGAGCGUCUAGAGAGAAGACUGCCUGUAGCUUUCCUCCUCCUUCUGCCUCUUCUGUAUGUCAGCUGUGUCUCCAAUAAAAAAACUACAGUAUCCUGGUGUGUAUUGUCGGACGCUGAAGAGCAGAAGUGUCUGGAUUUGGCCGGGAACGCCACGGCUCAGAAUAUAAGAGGAACUUUGCAAUGUGUCCGUGGCCUGAACACCAGAGACUGUAUAAACAAAAUCAAGAAUGGGACAGCAGAUGCUGCCUCCAUGUUUGCAGAUGACAUCUAUGCUGCUGGCUUCUGCCACGGCCUCGAGCUGGCUGCAGGAGAGUCCCACAAUGGAGUAGAUGGUUUGAGCUACUACGUGGUGGCGAUGGCACGUCGCUCCUCCUCAGACCUUUCCCUGCUGGAGAUGCACGAGCGCAGCUCCUGUCACCCCGGAAUACGCACAACAGUGGGGUGGACUGUUCCUAUUGGCUACCUGGUCAACACUUCCCAGAUCAGCAUAGGGGAGCAGUGCAACUUCCCCAAAGCCAUCGGCAACUUCUUCGGUUACAGCUGUGUGCCGGGUGUCAAGGACGCCCAGCACGACCCGAGAGGCAUCAACCCCAAGAACCUGUGUGAGGCCUGUAUAGGAGACGACAACGACAGACACAUCUGUGCCAACAACCACAGAGAGAGGCACUAUGGAGAGGCAGGGGCGCUGAGGUGUGUGGCGGAGAACCUCGGGGAUGUGGCCUUUGUCAAACACACAACAAUCUUUGAAAAUUCGGACGGUAAGAACCAGGAGUCCUGGGCCCUGGAUCUGGAGCUAGAGGACCUAAAGCUGCUGUGCCCAGAUGGAACCGAGGCGGGUCUGGAUGAGUUUGAUCGAUGCCACCUGGCAGCCGUCCCAACUAACGCUGUGGUGGUGCGCAUGGAGGACAAGUGUCGCGUCUGGAAGUACCUGGAACGUUUACAGAAUGCGUUUGGCAACGCCACGGAGGGCUUCCGUCUGUUCAGCUCAGCAGGCUACGGCGAAUCCGAUCUGCUCUUCAAUGAUGCCACCCACCACUUGCAGAGGGUUCUGGGUAGCUACACCUCUUGGCUGGGCCCUACUUACACCACCAUGCUGCGAGCCUUCGAGUGUGAGGGCUUCUGCUGAUGGAGCAGGAGGAAGACAUCCACCGUGUCAACUUCCACCCCCUACCUCUGUCUCCGUCCUCCCU